GGAGGAGCCGGAGAAAGGCGCUCAAUCUGUACGUCACUUCCGUUGAGCCUAGCGGCGACAACGGCAACAUGGCUCUGAAUGGCGCUGAAGUCGACGAUUUCCCCUGGGAGCCUCCGACCGAAGCGGAGACGAAGGUUCUGCAAGCGCGACGCGAGCGACAGGAUCGCAUCUCCGCGCUCAUGGGCGACUACCUGCUGCGUGGUUACCGCAUGCUGGGCGAGACGUGCACGGACUGUGGGACGAUCCUCCUCCAAAACAAGCAGCGGCAGGUGUACUGCGUGGCCUGUCAGGAGCUCGACUCAGACGUGGAUAAAGAUAAUCCGGCUCUGAAUGCCCAGGCCGCCCUCUCCCAAGCUCGGGAACACCAACUCGCCUCUUCCUUGGAGCUCCCCGCAGGCUCUCGGCCCCCCCCUCAGCCCCCAGUACCCCGUCCAGAGCACUGUGAGGGAGCUGCAGCGGGGCUGAAGGCAGCCCAGGGGUCGGCCCCUCCUGCUGCGUCUCCAAACGCAGAUGUCGUGGCCAGCACGCAGGAGGCGGUCCUACAGAAGCUGACCUGGGCCUCCGCCGAACUGGGCCCUAGCGCCUCCCUGGAGACUAGCAUCCAGCUCUGCAGCCUCAUCCGGGCUUGUGCCGAGGCCCUGCACAGCCUGCAGCAGCUGCAGCACUAAAAGCCCCUCCCCGCCAACCCCGCCCAGAAAAACCCUCUAGAAAAACAGCCGUUCCUCUUGUGUUGUUUGUUCUUUCCACGGUUCCGAGUGCAUGCCAGCCCCAGCUCCACCCGCCUAUUGGCUGCUUUUGGUCUCACCCUACCGCUCUCUGAUCUUGAUGCCCGGGGACAGGAGCUGGGCUUGUUCCGCUGUUUCCCCACUCGGAGGAUGACGGGGAGGGAGAGGACUAUGUGAUAGUUGCCCCUCGAAGGCAGGAACGAGAGGGAUGGGCCUCUGCAGCACCUCUGUAGCCCCCUGAGCCAUCCAGGGCUCGUUCCCCACCCUUGAGUGAGAUUGGAAUCCAGGCCGCUUGGUUGCUUCUUCCCCGAAGCAUCCUGGGACCACCGUCCUUUCCCACCUCCUACCCAGCGCAGGGACUCGGGCACUGACGGGGCGUCGUCAGGUUGCACAGUAGGAACCAAGUAUCCUGAUCCCGGACUUUAGAUCCUUUACCUUGGGAGUUGCAGCUGGACAGAAUAAUGAAACACAGUGUUGGGGGGGGGGGCAUAAAGAGCUGUGAAGGAACCGUGCCCGCCGUUUGUGGUGUCUUCCCUCUCUCCGUCUCCUGUCUAUGCCCAAUCCCUUUACUCAGCUUUUCACGAUCCCGAGCGACUUGGGCCCGUGGCUGUGGCCCUUUUAAGAGAGGCCCCGCCCAUGCGGAGGGGUUGGGUCAGGGGCGGAGUCGGAGGCGGCGGGGAAGGAACAAAGCCCGGCCUGCGGGCCGCAGCUGGGCUCGGUCGGUGGGGCCCUGGGAGUGCGGGGCCUGCGGGCGGAAGCCCAGGCAGAGCAUUGGAGAGAAAGGCUCCAUCGUCGUCCGUGCCGGCCGGGUCAUGAAUGGGCUGCCCCUAGCCGAAGCGCCGGGCGGUGCGGGCUGCGCCCUGGCCGGACUCCCGCCGCUACCGCGCGGCCUCAGCGGUCUGCUUAAUGCGAGUGGGGGCUCGUGGCGGGAGCUGGAGCGCGUCUACAGCCAGCGCAACCGCAUCCACGAUGAGCUGAGCCGUGCGGCCCGCGUUCCUGAAGGGACCCGUGGCGCCACAGGCGCCGCUAACGCCGGACCUGCAGCCGGUCCCCUUGGGCCGCGUCGCCCUGUCAACCUCGACUCGGCAUUAGCUGCGCUGCGCAAGGAGAUGGUGGGGUUGCGGCAGCUGGACAUGUCCCUGCUGUGCCAGCUGUGGGGCCUGUACGAGUCAAUCCAGGACUACAAGCACCUGUGCCAAGACCUGAGCCUGUGCCAGGACCUGUCGUCCUCGCUGCACUCCGACAGCUCCUACCCUCCCGACGCCGGCCUGUCUGACGACGACGACCCUCCCGAUGCCAGCCUGCCCCCGGACCCACCGCCCCUCACUGUGCCCCAGACGCACAAUGCCCGCGACCAGUGGCUGCAGGACGCCUUCCAUAUCAACCUCUGAAGAACUGGGGGUGGGCGGGGGGCACGUACCCAUGCGAAAGGCUCAGAAGCUCAGCCCUGAGCAGGUGCGCAGAGCAGAGGGCCUGCUUCUCCCCGCACCGUCUCACCCGCAGGAGGGCGAGGCCUGGGCGGCGCAGAGGCACAGCUGCCAGCCCCCUCUCCCGUCUCGGGUUUGCUGGCACUAGGGCAGGCACCUGGGCGACAACCUUUGCCCUUGGCACUGGACCUCCAGUUUUUCCAUGUGUGCCCCCCACCGUGGCUAACCUGUAAGCUGGCGGUGGGGCUCGAAGCAUCUUGCGUUCCCCUUGGCGGCUCUGGGAUUGGGAUGAGUGCCUGGCUGCCAUGCCCUUUUCACCUUUUGCUGCUCUUGGCAGCCGCUGGCUCAGGGGCAUUCCGCUUCCAUUCCCCUAGACAAGGGCUCCAGGACCUAUUCUUGCACCCACCCACAGCCGAGAGGGCCAAGGCUCCGCGCUGGAUAUUUAAGUUCAGGAGCCAGCCUCUUGGGCGCAUAUAUAAAUAAACACCCUCCGCG